AUGGGUGAAGAAAAACCUAUUGGAGUUGUGCAGCUGAACAAAGGCUCCUUAUUCAGAGUGUCUAAAACUUGCACCCUCGACAUAGUUAUGUCACCUGUCAGUAUUUCAAAUGGCAUUACAUGGGACCAGGGCGAUAUGUCCAUGUACUAUAUUGACUCACCGACAAGAAAAAUAGAUAUUCUUGAUUAUAACUCCUGUAGUGGAAAAAUAACUAAACGAAAGACCUUUUUUGAUUUUGCAAAGAAUAAUAUAACUGGAGUUCCCGAUGGUAUGACUAUUGAUACAGAUGGUAACCUUUGGAUUGCUGCUUGGGGUGGCGGAAGGGUUCUGAAGGUAUCCUCAAAAGGACAAUUGUUGGGUUCUAUCUGGAUGCCAGUACAGAGGCCCACAUCUGUUGCCUGGGGCGGACACGAUUUUGAAACACUUUUUGUGACCUCAAUGCGAUUAGGCUUAAAUAGCAGCGAACUUCUAAAGCAGCCUGCAGCUGGUGCAUUGUUUGAGGUGACAGGUCUCCAAGCACGUGGUCAUCCAGCUUACAGUGUCUCUAGCUGUUAUUUAUCUUUACCUGACAUCGAAUAACACCGAUUUUUAAGGGUUUCCAUAAGAUGCAUAAUUAACUGCAUUUUUGUAUUUCUGAAGAUCAUUCUGGAUUAAUUUAAUAGUUAAUUUUAUCUUCAAAUCACAAGUAUUAGGACAAAUAUUCAAUUUAACCAAAGCCUAAAAUUAAGUUAAUCAGAUACUUUUUAUUAAUAUAGUGAAAAAUAAGUGAUUUUACUAAUUAAAUAAAAGACUUUCAAAAGCUUACUUACAGAAUUUAAUGAAAGAUAUAUAUAUAUAUUUUAACUAUCAACCUUUUCUAUCUUGGAAAUCUUCAGAGAAAACUAAUUUGUCUCAAAUAACAAUUCUGAAAUAACUUUUUGAAAAACAUCCUUACUUGAAGAAUGAUGUUAUUAGGGAACUUUUAUAAAGAUACUUAAUUUAUGUCUGACUGCAUAUGUAGGUAGAUUAGAAUGCAUUGAUAAGCCUAAUAUAAACAAAAUAUGAGUACUGUUUUCAUAUUCUAAAUCAAAUAAUUAUUUGUGAAUUCUCAGAAAAGUAUUAUGGGGCACCCAAAGUUUCAAAAGUAAAUAUGAGUAUUCAAAAGUAUUAACAAACAUCAAAAUAAUAGACAAGUUAUUCUUUUUUGAUAGUAUAAAUAAAUAUAGUUAAUUCAAUCCUUCAGAUUCUAUAUUUUUAUUUAAUUAUUGAUGUUACUUGGGCAUAACUAAAAAUAAGAAUGUUCACAUCAUAAUUUAUUGUUUUCAGUUAUAAAUUAAGAUUAAUCAAUUUAUAGAUAAAAUAGUAAUGUGUUGUGAUUUUUUUUAUUAAUCAUUAUAAUAAAUUUUUAAAAAAUCUUGUCUUUACAUUUUUAAUAUUAUAAAUAUGUUUCUUGUUUUUAAUAUUACAUUUUUAAAUUUCUUAAUAUAUACACACACUAAACAAAUAGCCUAGGGUGUUUCUCCUACCUUGUCUAAGUUCCAAAUAUGUUUCUAGUCUGGUGAUCGCAAUGUCAGCAUUGUUGCUUGAGUGGAAAUUAUAUAUUUAGUAAGUUAUUGAAUCUGAUUUUCUAGAAAAAAUUCGACAUGAUCAAAAAUAAACUUUAUCGACAGAAUUUCUAUUAGAAAUAAGUUAAAUAAAGUAAUAUUAAAUAAAUAUGUAUAAUAGGUGACGGUAAUUGUAGUUGGUGAGGGACCGCAUGGUAAACCAAAAUCCAGGUGGGUCGAUAAAAUUUACAAAGAUGCUGCUGAUCUGCAUGCAGCAAACUAGAAAGCAAUAUCUAGGCCAGAAUAGGAAGAGAUAAUAAAAACUGGUUUAGAUAGAUAAAGAUCUCGAAGGUCUGUUAAGACCACAGAAAAAAUAAAAAAGUAUAUAAAGUAAGGCUUUAUUUUUUUCACCAAAUUUAUUUUCACUUUUCUUCCACAUCAGCUACGUUUCGACUAAGAUUUCAUUUUCAAGCCAUCUGUAAUACCCAAACACAAUUAGUUUUAUUUGAAUUAAUUGAAUUGUGAAUUAACUUAAUGACUUAACCCCAUUAGAGUUAUAGUUUAUAUAACGUUGCUUUUGACUAACAUGACUAUCAUAUUAUGAUAAAUGUGGUUUUGUAUGAAACUGAUUGUGUAUGGGUCUUAUAGAUGGCUUGGAAAUCACAUCAUAGCUGAAAUGUAGCCGAUGUUGAAGAAAAAUUAAAAUAAAUGUAGUGAAAAAAAUACAGACUUACUUUAUAUAGUUAAACGUGAUUUCAUCUUAAAUAUAAACAUACAUUAAUUUAAAAAAAGUAUUUACACCGAUUACAGAGAUUAAGAUGAUUUUUCCUUUACUGAAAAGUUUGUUUUGCAUUUUUUCUGAUUUUGGUGUAUGUGGACGGGCGCGCGCUUGUAAUUGUAUGUAUAUAUCUGUGGCUUGUUUAUAAAAGAGCCGAUUUCAAUUAUUUUUAAGAAAUAGUUUUAUUUAUAAUAAUAGUUUACAUUUUAGUAAAUUAGCAAUUAUAAAAAUUUCAAUGUAAAAAUAAACAAAAAGAGGUUACAUUUUCAUUAUAAUGUCAGGUAAUCUCAUUGAUAGUGUUUUUUUAUUCAUUUCUAAAAUGGCCGAAGUUUAUAUGAAGAUUCUUGAUUUAUUGAUCAUUCUCGAGAUGAAUCGUAAUUCUUGUUGAAAGCCUUUUAGGCGCUAUGGUUACCAUGGGGUACUUAUCAGAUGUUUAGGUUUUAAAUAUUAAAAUAAUGCAUAGUUUACAUAGUAUAGAAAGAAACUUUUUGAUAUUUUUAAUAAAUAAAGAAAUAUUCAGACAUGGAUCUGUAAUCUUAAUACCUAAUAGACUUCUAUAUGCUUAGUAAGUUUGUUUGUUGGGGUUUUAAAGCAAAGAACAUCAGGGUCGUCAACACCUGACUCUUAGUAAGUAAGAAAACUACAAACUCUUCCGUUUCAAAAACAAAAUAAUAAUAAUAAUAAUAUUGAGCGAGUACAAUAGUGGAUCAGUCAAAUGCAUUAAAGAGAAGGAUAGUCUUUUACUAUCUAAUGUGAGAAUUUUCACUAGAGAAAACUUGUAUAUUAUUAUAUGUAUGGAAUAUAAAUAAAUAUUAAGAUGUAAAAGUUAUUUUUAAGUUGUUCGUUUUAUUAAUUUAUAUAAUCAUGUAAAUAAUUGUUUUAUCAUUUUAUCAAAUGUAUAAAUUUAGUAUUUAAUUUUAAACUUUAUUUUUUAGUAAACUUCCAACUCAGCGAUUCUUUCUGUAGAUAAAUAAAGAUUUCUUGAACAUAUUUAAAUUUUUUAUUCAUUAAUGUUCCUCUACAGUAGUGGUCCUACAUUACAAUGGCAGUCAUGUUUAUUGCUCGUGAUGAUAGACUUUAUCGACAAGCAAAACCAUUCAUGUAAUUAAGUCUUUGACUGGGGGAACUCAUUCACGAGUUUCUACCAUACGUUGCACUCUGAAAUCCACAAAGAGAUCCAAAAAAUAGAAUUUUUUUGUGCAUAAAUUUGUUUAAAAUGUUAUUUUGAGUCAUCCUGCAAGAUCUUAACAUUCAAAAAUGCAUUUUAAUGUUUCAAUUCAACUUUUAAAAAACUGGAUAUACCUAGUUCUGUCAUAAAUUUUGUUACAAGGAAAUAUAAACAGAUUUCAACAGAAAAAUUAUUUUUUUCCAAAACUUAGAAAAUAAAAUGUAUAAAAAAAAAAAGAAAGAAAGAAAUUACUCAAAAUGUCCCAUUUUUGCCUUGACAGAGGCAUUUAAUCUCUGAGGCCAAUCAUCAAUAACAGCAUGCGGAAAGCUUCAAUAACUUCUUGAGGAAAGCGCUCAUCUGCACAGACUAGAGAUUGUUUGCGGCUUUUCAAGUUGGAGUGUGCUCUGUGACAUGUCAUCGUCUCCAGUUCGGACAAAAGCUGAUAAGCUAGUGGGUUCAGAUCAGAACUUCCUGAGGGCCACUCUGAGGCAGAGAUGAACUCUGGAAUGUUCUUUUGCAGCCACUUAUGAGUUGACCUGGCAUUGUGAGCUGGAGUGGAAUCCUGCUGGAAAACCCAAUGACUUUCAGGAAACAGAGUAUCAUUUAGAGGCUUGACAACAGGUUCCAAAAUAUUGUCAUGAUAGUUCAUAGCGGCUGUUUUAACUCCUUUUUCACAAAAAUGGAGCUUUGUAGUACCAUCAAAGCAAACUCCCCAACAAGAUAUGACACCCCAUCACCACUGAGGAAAGGUGGCAGUUUAGAGCUGUGUGCGUACACACGAUUAUUUUGAUGAUUAAAUUUGUCUUCAAUUGUAAAAAUUUGUUCAUCGCUAAAAUAAAUCUUUCGAUGAAGACCAUUGGUGUAACAGCCAAAGAGCACUUUGUAUCUAUUCACUCUAAUUUUUUUUAGGGAAGUGGUUAGCCUUUGUCCUGUCAUUCUUCGAAAUGAACCCAUCUUAAGGUCACUUUUUAUUAUGCGAGAUACUGAUCUGACAGAGAUCCCAUUUCCCGAGACAUGAUUUAUUGUUUUUGAAUAGGAUUUUUUCUGAUUCGAGCAGCAACUGCUCUCACUGCAUUUGUGCAUGUGCGGGGACGGUCCAGUAAAGGUCUACCACAUACAGAUACGGUCUCAUUAUAUUUAUUUAUAGUGUGGUAGAUGAACAUAUGACUGAUACACAAAGGUUUCAAAGUGUUGAAAAUUUCUGACCUACAAAAUAUAUAUACAUCAAUG